GGCGGCGGCAUGGGCAAGGGGGGCAACCAGGGCGAGGGCGCGGCGGAGCGCGAGGCGCCCAUGCCCACCUUCCGCUGGGAGGAGAUCCAGAGGCACAACCUGCGCACCGACAAGUGGCUGGUCGUGGACCGCAAGGUGUACAACGUCACCGCGUGGUCCAAGCGCCACCCUGGGGGCCACCGGGUCAUCGCGCACUACGCGGGCGAGGAUGCCACGGAUGCCUUCCGCGCCUUCCACCCAGACCUCGAGUUCGUACGCAAGUUCUUGAAGCCCCUGCUGAUCGGCGAGCUGGCCCCGGAGGAGCCCAGCCUGGACCGCAAGAAGAGCUCUGAGAUCACCAAGGACUUCCGGGCCCUGAAGAAGGUGGCGGAGGACAUGAAACUGUUCCGGACCAACCACCUGUUCUUCCUGCUGCUGCUGGUGCACAUCGUGGUCAUGGAGAGCCUCGCGUGGUUCAUCGUCUCCUACUUCGGCAAUGGCUGGGUCCCCACACUCAUCACAGCCUUUGUCCUCGCCACUUCCCAGGCCCAGGCCGGGUGGCUGCAGCACGACUACGGACACCUGUCUGUGUACAAGAAGUCCAAGUGGAACCACCUUGUCCACAAGUUUGUCAUCGGCCACUUAAAGGGCGCAUCCGCCAACUGGUGGAACCACCGCCACUUCCAGCACCAUGCCAAGCCCAACAUCUUCCACAAGGACCCGGACAUCAAGAUGCUGCAUGUGUUCGUCCUGGGCGAGUGGCAGCCACUCGAGUACGGCAGGAAGAAGCUCAAGUACCUGCCCUACAAUCACCAGCAUGAGUACUUCUUCCUGAUUGGGCCGCCGCUGCUCAUCCCCAUGUACUUCCAGUACCAGAUCAUCAUGACCAUGGUCAUGCGCAAGGACUGGGUGGACCUGGCCUGGGCCAUCAGCUACUACGUGCGCUUCUUCUCCACUUAUGUCCCCUUCUAUGGCGUCCUGGGAGCCCUGCUCUUCCUCAACUUCAUCAGGUUCCUGGAGAGCCACUGGUUCGUGUGGGUGACGCAGAUGAACCACAUCGUCAUGGAGAUUGACCUGGACCACCACCGCGACUGGUUCAGCAGCCAGCUGGCGGCCACCUGCAAUGUGGAGCAGUCCUUCUUCAACGACUGGUUCAGCGGCCACCUCAACUUCCAGAUCGAGCACCACCUCUUCCCCACCAUGCCCCGCCAUAACCUGCACAAGAUCGCGCCACUGGUGAAGUCGCUGUGUGCCAAACACGGCAUCCAGUACCAGGAGAAGCCGCUGCUGCGGGCCCUGCUGGACAUCAUUGGGUCCCUGAAGAAGUCAGGGCAGCUGUGGCUGGACGCCUACCUCCACAAGUGACCAGCCACCUGCGGGGCACGAGGGUGGGGCGACGGCAGGGUGACGGCCAGAGGGUGGGGCUUUCUGCGGAGGGCCCCCAGGGCCAGGGGCACCACUUGGGGUCCUGUCCCCUCUUUCCUCUCCUCCCUCCUAGCCCCGUCCUGUCUCAUGGCCCAGCCCCAGAUCUGGGACAGAUGUGGCCAUGGUGGAAGGCUUGUCCCUGCUCCAGCUGCCUCCUGCUCCCGCCCCUGAGAAUCCACAGCUCAGCCACCAAGCCAAGACGUGAGCUCCUGGGGCCCAAGGGGCACCAUUCAGGCUGCCCCCCCACACACUGCGGGUGCCAUGGCCUGGUUGUGCUGGGCCUCUGCUGACAGAGCCAGCUGCCGCUCCAGCUCCCCACCCUCCUGGCUCAGGACCCCCACUGUGCCCUCCCCUGAAACGCUCCGGCCAGAGCCUCAUAACGUGGACAGGGCCACUGGACACUGCUCACACGGCCUCUCUGGCGCUCUCUCCUGUUGACUGUUUUUAAUCUUUGCUGUGUCCAUGUUUUCUACAGGUGCAUUCUGGUGGCCAGAUGGCCGGGCUGGGUCCUGGGACAAUCGCCCUUCACCAGGCCUCGGUGGGUGGAGCUAGGCCUGUGGGCACUACUGGCGGGGGUGGGAGAGGCCAUCUAACCACUAACCAGUGUCUGGGGGCUGUGGCAGCAACCACCCCCCACCCCAGGCCAGGAUGAACCCAUAGGGAAUCUUAAUUUGUAUCAUGUUGCGUCCCCACCCCUAUGUUUUUGAGAAAUAAAGAAGUAAUUUUAUUCUCACUUCCA